AAGAGUGUCUGUAGGCAUGCAAGUGAGAGUGAGAGAAAGGAGGGACAGGCAAGGGGGAAAGAAAAGCCAGGUGUACUUUACUUAGCUGAAGCUCUUAGCAUAAACAAACACAGUAAUAACCUUCAUUGAAAUAUAUUAUAGUGAAGCAUGUGUGUGUGUGCGGCUUGCUGAGAGAAACAGAGGGGGAUCUCGGAUGAUACACGGAUGAGAGAGAGGAGUGAGGGAGCCAAGGAAGAGGAGCCCAAGUGUGUAUCGCCCCGGGGGGAGCUUGCACACACUGCAAACAUUGCACACACUCCAGCGGGCACUCAGCACCGUUUCCCUGACAACUAGAAUGGGCUGCAAUUUGUGCACCUUGCAAAAACGUGAGGAACACUACAAACUGCUCUACGAGAUUGCACAGGUAAACGGACGUGACUUCUCCAAGGUUGAACAUGAAGAAGCUGUGGUGGAGGCCAUCAGGCGAGAUCCCAUUGUCGUGCAGGUUCUCCGGCGAACCCCCACCAGAGCCACGAAUGCUGUAGUGCAUAACCCCAGCGGCUCACCGCAAGAUGUUUGUGUGGUCGACGUUUGCACACAAACAGACAUCACCUUUGAGCACAUCAUGGCAUUGGCCAAGCUUCGGCCCACUACCCCGCCAGUCCCUGACAUCUGUCCCUUCCUGCUCUCUGACAGCUGUCAUUCCAUCCACACCAUGGAACACGAGUUUUAUGAAUGUCCAGAGUAUCUGUCUAACAACCAGGCAGAUGUGGAGAGGACAGAAGAAUAUCAGUAUGAGGAAGUGGAGCUGCAUAGGCAGAACUCCCAGGAAAAGCUUGGCCUGACACUGUGCUACCGGACUGAUGAUGAAGAGGACACUGGCAUCUAUGUCAGCCAGGUGGAGCCGAACAGCAUAGCAGCAAGAGAUGGGCGCAUCAAAGAAGGCGAUCGCAUUCUUCAGAUAAAUGGCUGUGAAGUGCAAGACAGAGAGAAAGCUGUUGCCUUGUUGUCAAGUGAAGAAGCAAGGAGCAUCAUAUUACUGGUGACAAGACUAGAAAUCCAGCUGGAGGAAGAGGCUGGAUGGCUGGAUGAUGAGCAACAAGAGCUGGUUGAGGAGCUGAAGAUCCUGGAGGAGCGGAGGAAGCAGAGGGAGCAUAACCUUGACAAAGAUGAGCAUCAAGCUGAAGAGGAAAUGACAACAGACACAGCUACCUGUUCCUCCAACAAUCAAGACAGUGGGUUUGGGCGCAGUACAGACAGUCCAGAACACCAACCCCUGCUAGCAAGACUUCACAGGAGGAGCCCUGCCCGCUGCCUGAGGGAUCGAUGGCGAUCUGAGCAUCCACAAACGAGGCGAGGAGUCGCUGUGCCACAGAAAACCCAGGGUAUACGAACAUUGCCCACGGGGCAAGACCAUGAAGGUGUGGUGAGUAUUUGCAAUGGAGGUGGGAUCCUUGGUUUAGAGAACCGCUUCCAGCAACUCCUCGAGCUCAAGUGUCAAAUUCGUAAUGGAGGCGAGUGCGGAGUGUACUCCAUUCGACACAGCAUAGAGUGUAGUCUCACUGAACAAGGCAGAGGGGAUGGAGAAGAGGAAGAUGAUGCAGGAGGAGGAGGGGUGGAGCAAGAGUUGAGAAUGCUAAACGAGGAGCUGCGUAGCAUUGAGUUGGAAUGCCAGAGCAUUAUGCAAGCCCAUCAGCUACGCCAAUCCCAACAGCUGGAGCGAUCACAGCCCCUGCCCUGCUCACCAGGAAGAAGCCUCAAAGAUGGACACAAGCAACACAGCAGGCUGGCAGACAUUCAUGAACACCCAGAGAGGUCAGACACUGAUAAGACCCGGGAAAAGGACAGCUCCAGUGCCUACAACACAGCAGAGAGUGCUCGGUCAACACCACUAGGUAGGGAGAGAUCUCCUGACCACUCUCUGCAGAGACAUGUCAGCAUCAUCAACCAGAAAAACCUCAGACUGGCCUCUUCCACACCCUCCAGUCCAAUCCCUAUCCCCAAGCCUCAAGAUACAACUCAACGCUGCAGACCAGCAGAUCCAGGUCCACUUAUCUCAAGCAGCCCAGACCAGAGCAAUCCUUCCCGAUCUGAGUCAGACCCAGCUCUCCCAGCAGAUGAUGAAAGGUGUGAGAAGAAGGGGAGGACCAGAAAUUCGAAGAGAGGGUUCCCCUAUGCUUCUUCCUUUCAGACAGCCACCUAUCAUGGCCAUGGAGGAUCCAAACAACUUCAGAGCUACAUGCAGCUGCUACAACAGCACUCAUCCCUGGAGUAUUCUCAAAGCCAGCUGAGUCUCCUCAGUGUCUGUCGAGAUCCUGUACAUCAUAACGGACGCUCUGGGGAACCCCGUCUAGAGUGGAAAGUCAAAGUUCGUGCCGAUGGGACACGGUAUGUUGCACGAAGGCCGGCUCGUGACCGUAUACUGAGGGAGCGGGCACUAAGGAUCAGAGAAGAGAGGAGUGGGGGGAUGACAACAGACGACGAUGCCAUGAGUGAGAUGAAGAUGGGGCGCUACUGGAGCAAAGAAGAGAGGAAGCAGCACUUGGCAAGGGCCAGGGAGCAAAGAAAGAGGAGAGAGUUCAUGCAGAAGAGCCGCCUUGAGUGUCUAAAGGAGGGAACAACGAGUGGAGCUGAGGGCAGGAAAGAGAUCAAUAUCUUAGAGCUCAGUCACAAAAAGAUGAUGAAAAAAAGGAACAAAAAGAUUUUGGACAAUUGGAUGACAAUCCAAGAACUGAUGAGCCAUGGGGCAAGAGUCCCGGAGGGCUCCAAAGUACAUAAUGCCUUCCUUUCUGUCACCACAGUUUAAUGGACCCAUUUAAAUACGGUUUAUUUAAUACUCAGCUCUUUUAUAUUAGGUGGCCUACAUGUCAGGAUCCACCAUUUGGUUUUAAAGUCUCAGUUUGUGAGAUUAAAUUAAAAAAAUGUCAAUGGUAAGGACUUUUGUAGCAUUCGCGAUGCAACUUUGUACUUACAGUUUAAGAAUGUUCAGUGAUCUGAAUCACACCUCAGCUAUUGAAACCAUGAGGUUUUACUCUGGCUGUUUUGGUGAUGAACGGGGAACUAGUAGCAUGUUGGUUCAAACAGAUUCAUGAAGAACAUAGAGGAACCAACACAGUAACUUUGUGUACACUUUGUAUUGUGUCUCCAUACUCUUCAUUCAUCAGUUUCAUAGCAAAUGAAGCGAUUUCACUUGCCUCGUUCAAUGUGGCAGUUUUUAAUGAGGAAAUUAUAGUAUUUUUCACAAUUUGUAAUCUGUAACUUUUUGUAAGGAUUUUUUUUUACACUGAAUGACAAUGCACUGUAAACGCUAUUUGCAGUUGUUUUUUUAUAUAUAUAUUUUAUCACCAAACCAUUAAUGUCAAGGUGAGAUUAUUUGAUUGUACUGCAGCCCAUGCUGAACACCAGUCCAGCAGGAGAGAAAAGACAAAUCUGAAAUUGCUGGAGGAAAUCUUCCCAUAUAAAAAUGUUGUUUUAAUUGUAUUUUAAUGUCACUUGAGCCAGAGUUGUCUGGCAGCUGUAUAGCACUCAGUUCAAAGCACCGAAAAUAUCAAUAUGCCAUCGCAAAUGUUCAUUUUAUUCAUAAUCUGGCAGGGCUCUCUGAAACAGUUUUACCUCAGCUUGCAAUCAAACUAUCGAGAUUUGAAUACUUGGCUAAUGGGAUCAAUUGCUUAACCUUCUAACUUUAAUUUAAAACCAUCAGUGAUUCAGUGAUUCAUAUUAAAAAUGUUCAUGGGAUUUGUAUUUAUAUUUAUAUGGUUAACUGCUGUUUGUAUUUAUUGUAAAUUAUUUUUUAUGUUCUGUCUCAUCUACGUUAAGUGGCUUGACUUGAGAGGGCAACACUUUUGAAGAAGUUGUCAAGCCUAUGUAUUGUAUUUGCAGCUUUUGACCUCAAAACUGCUGCUUUUAAUGUAAAGUUAAUUCAAGGGGCCUUGAGUUAAGUAUUUGUUGAUGGUGGUGUUUGUAAUAAAAGAAUA